AUGUUUCUCAUAUUUUCUACAUUUACUGUUUCAACAAUAUAUUUCUGGGAAACAUUUGAUAGUCCCGCCUGGAAGAGCCGCUGGAUUACUGGAGCGAAAACUAAGCGCGGGCCCUCUUUAGGUCAAUUUGAUGUUAGUGCAGGUGGAUACUAUGUAGAUAAGAAGCAACAACGUGGUUUAGUAGCUACACAAGAUGAUAAAAUGUACAUUAUUAGUUGCAAAUUAGAUAAACCUUUUAAUACUUCUGGCAGAGAUUUAAUAUUUCAGUACAUGGUUAAAAAUGAAGGCAAAUUAGGUACAGCUUCGACAAAACUGAAACUAUACGGAGCCAAUUUCAGACAAAAUACACACAAUCCGAAGAGUUUUUACGAAAUUUCAUUUGGUCAAGACUUCCACGAUUGGGAUAGACAUCACGUAGAGUUCAAAAUCAUGCGUAAUAGAUCAGAAUACGUAUCUACGAAACCUUUAAUGACAUUUCAUGACCAGUUAACACAUUUAUACACUUUAAUCAUCUUUGCGAACCAAUCUUACCAAAUCAGAAUGGAUAACUGGGUUGAUCGUGAGGCAACACUUGAAGAAGACUUCAAUUACUGCAAUCCUAGGCUUGUUGAAGAUCCAUUUGACGAAAAACCAAAAGAUUGGGUCGACGAAGCAGAAAUAGACGAUCCAGAAGACUUACCACCAGAAGAAUGGCGUGAUAUACCUCGUUUAAUACCAAAUCCAUAUGCUAGAAAGCCAGCAUUAUGGGAUGAUAAAGUUGAUGGACCUUGGAAGCGACCAUUAGUACCAAAUCCAGAGUUCUUGAUUGAUUGGAAGCCAAGAAGAAUAAAGAAUCCUGCUUUCAAGGGUGAUUGGAAGCCAAGAAUCAUCGAAAAUCCAGAAUAUAACCCAGAUCCGAAAUUUGGCAAACCGGAAAAACUUUUGUACGUCGGAAUGGACAACUACAUCGACCACGCUGCCACUUUUUGGGAUAACAUCCUUGUAACAGACGACAUGGGUGUAAUGGAUGACAAAAUCGAAGAAUUUUACUACACAAUACAGAACCCUGAGAGAAAAUACCUCGUGAAGAAGGUCGAUGAACAGGAAGGAAAGAACAAAGAUGAUAAGAACAAAAUUAAAGAAUUGUAA